AUGAAGAUUGCUAUUGAAGGUUGUAUGCAUGGAGACCUUGACAAUGUGUACAAGACAAUCCAACACCAUAAACAGAUUCACAACACUAAAGUCGAUCUCCUCCUCUGCUGCGGCGAUUUCCAGGCUGUGAGAAAUGAGAAAGACAUGGAUAGCCUUAGCGUGCCUAUAAAAUACAGAGAGGUGAAGUCCUUCUGGAAGUACUACUCCGGCCAAGAAGUUGCCCCGGUUCCCACCAUUUUCAUCGGCGGGAAUCACGAGGCUUCCAACUACUUGUGGGAGCUGUACUAUGGUGGCUGGGCUGCCACCAAUAUCUACUUUCUAGGUUAUGCCGGGGCUGUGAAGUACUGUAAUCUGCGAAUUGGAGGCCUUUCUGGUAUUUACAAUGGCCAAGAUUACCGUUCAGGACACUUUGAGCGGCCGCCAUAUAACAAGAACACCAUCCGAUCGGUCUACCAUGUUCGUGAGUAUGAUGUCCACAAGUUGAUGCAGCUUGAAGAGCCGCUUGAUAUAUUCCUCUCACACGACUGGCCUGUUGGAAUCACUGAUUAUGGAGACUCGAAAGUACUUCUUAUUCAGCAAAAGCCUUACUUCCAAGAAGAGAUCGAGACGAGAACUCUUGGAAGUAAACCAGCGGCUCUACUGCUAGAAAAACUAAAGCCACGGUAUUGGUUCUCAGCUCACUUACACUGCAAAUUCGCUGCUUCUAUUCAACACGGGAGUGAUGGCUCAGUGACAAAGUUUCUUGCCUUGGAUAAAUGCGCUCCAGGGAAAAAUUUUCUACAGAUCAUUGAAGUCGAGUCAGAGCCUGGAGCUGUUGAAAUUCUAUACGACGAAGAGUGGCUAGCAAUAACACGAAAGUUCAAUUCUGUUUUCCCACUAACACAGCGACGCGCUAAUUUCAGCUCUGCUGCAAUGAAUAUAGAAGAGAGCCGCGAGUGGGUGAGGAAGAAGCUAGAGGAAAGGCAAUUUAAACCUUUUGAGUUUGUAAAGACAGUCCCUGCAUAUAACCCAUCACAGCGUGUCUUUGAUUCCAUACCUGAUAUCCCGCAGAAUCCCCAGACACUGUCUUUGUUAGAGCUCCUUGGUCUUCCUUAUCUCCUUGAUUCGUCGCCAGUAACAGGGGAAAGAACCGCGAUCCCUGCUUCACCGGCUCUUCCAUCUGACUUUCAAACGUAUGAUAGUGAAGAAAUCCCAAUCGAUGAUAUUGAUGAUUUGGAAGAGAUAGCAGAAGCAAAAGCCGACGACCCUACAAGAGAAUAGGAGGCAUGAAUCAUAUCUCCAUUCCAAUGUACAUUGGCUUGGGAAGUUACUAUCCGAGGAGGGUGAUGGAAGAAGUGGAUAAAACAACUGGAAGAAGAGAAAUUCCAAAAGGCAAAAUCAUCUUGGUGAGGAAGAGAAAUAGGAAAAAGAGUAUUAUUAUGAGACCAUUGAGGACUUGAUCGAUGUGAUGAAAGUUGUUGCCCCCUUCGAACCAUGAGCAAGAAUGAAACCUGAUUUUCUUUAUCUUUUUUUUUUUUUUUUUUUUUUGUUAUUAGUUAUAUUUUGUCUGUAGUCUUUUUGUUCAUUAGAUUUGGAGUUUUGGUUGCUUCUAAAUUUCAUAGCACAGUAAGUACAAUUUAGCUUGCUAACUAAAGAGUAUCUUCAACUCUAUUUUAUAUUCGAAAAUGAAGUGUAGUUCGACUUCUUAUGUGAUCAAAGAAAAUAAAUAAAUUCAAAAUUUAAGCUUCAUA